GUGAGUGGGAGUUAACGAAACCAAAUAUUAAGUUAAAUCGGGACUUUUAUAAACAAGUUGUUCAGUCUUUGGAGACAGAUGCAAAUAAACAAAACCACCUUACACGAAGCAACGAUUUAGCAGUGACUGCUCCAUCUAUAGCAUGUAACCUUAAAAGUUAAGCGGCCAUUUUGGAUCUACACCAAACGAGACUUGGUGGUCAUUGACAAACCGUUAAGUUCACAUCUCCAACCCGGGGCAUAGGGUAAAGCUGCAACCAUGACCCCUGACCCAUCUAAAGACUUCCUGCGUUCGGGUGUAGACAGCGGCGCCCUUGGAGACAUCCGCACAGAUGAGGAUGUUGAGCUCAACGCAGAACCCAAGACGUACGAUGAAAUCCGUCGAAGACGACGGGGGUAUCGUUAUGGUCGGAGGCUCAAGGUCCUCGUACCUGUUCGGCCAAGUCAGACUGGACACCGAGCAGUCUACGACUCUUACGGUCUGUUGUCGUUUGUGUUUGCGACAUACAUGACAGAGAUCUUCAUGAAAGCCUACACUCGGCUGUUGACUUUUGCAGAUCUCUAUGAACUGUCUCCAGCAGAUACGGCGUUAGUAGCGGGGUUAAAGGUUGAGGAGUUAUGGAAGGAAGAAAUCCGCAAGAAAGGAAUUGAGAAGGCCUCCUUGGCGUGGGUCGUUGUAAGAUUCAUCCGGACGCGUCAUAUCGUUGCCUAUAUGUUUGGCUUCACAGCCAUCAGUUGCAGUUUCAUUUCUGGUUCCUUUGUGAUUGGGCAGCUUCUUGCCUUUGCCAGUAACUCAGACCGCGAGUUCAGAAACAAGAACUGGAAAACUGGUUUGAUGUGGGUGGGCAUACUCAUUGGACUCAAUUUGUGUAGGAUUCUCUUGGAUACGGUGCAUUGGAGUUUGAAUCUGCAAACAGCAACGAGAGCUCGCUCUGGGAUUCUCGCCAUGGUGUUCCAGAGAGUUGCCAAGCUACGUAGUCUGCAGGAACGAAGCGUUGGAGAGAUCGUCAACAUCUGUUCCAACGACUCACAGCGAAUCUUCGAUGCCAUUGUCUUCGUUAAUUUCUUAUUCUUCUCCAUCUUUCUGCUUUCGGCUAUCCUUGGCUAUGGCUAUUACGUGGCUGGCUGGCCAGCUCUAGUCGGUGUCUUCUCUACGUUUGUCAUCUUUUGGCCCCUGACGAUCGUAAUGGGUAAGCUGCAAUCAAUGAUCAGACAGCGAAGCAUCAAAGUAACUGACUUGCGAGUACAGAAGAUGAACGAACUCUUAACAUACGUCAAGUUGAUCAAGAUGUAUGCUUGGGAAGUGCCAUUUUCCAAGGCCAUUGCAGCAAUCAGAGCUAAAGAGAGAGGUUACUUGGAGAAAGCUGGCUACAUGCAGAGUAUGAUCAUCGCUGUGUUUCCAUUGACACCCAACGUUGCCACGGUGAUCACCAUCAUCAUCGCCACGGUGAUAAACUAUGAGGGUCUGAAUGCAGCAGGGGCCUUCACUCUGGUAUCGGUCUUCGGUUCCCUCGGCCUUGUCUUGGGUCCCACCCCAUGGGCCAUCCGUGCUCUCGCCGAGGCCAAGAUUGGUGUGGAUAGGUUAAAGAGCAUUCUCAUGAUGGAGCCAGCAGUACCCAUGAGUAUCAUGCCACCCAAUGACAAAUACAGCGUCGUCAUCAGAGAUGCUGUCUUCUCUUGGGACAAAGUCAAGGACGACAACAAAUCAGCUGACAAAUCUGACAAGAAGGAUGGUCCUGCUUCUAAGCCCGCUGCCGUUGUGUUCAAGAAUCAACGAGUAGAUUUCUCAGUCCAGGUUUCUUUGGAUGAAGAUGAUACUGACUCUUCCUCCUCCUCCUCCUCCUCCGAGAGCUCUCAAGGAAGUACGACACCCCUACCAAACGAGGGCGACAAUCAUCCUAAAAAGAUGAAAGCAAAUGGUAUUGAUGGCGCCAGACCAGAACGCGAUACUAGCGUUACUAACUGCAAACGUCGUAAGAGCUGGAAUGACGAAGAGAUUGAGCGUUUGAUUGGAGCUUCUAAACACUCACCGGUCGUACUACCUGAUCCCUCUGUGGUUACGGAUACAUUGUUCGAUAUCAACUUUGUUCUGGAGAAGGGUCGUCUAACAGGUAUUUGUGGCAGUGUAGGUAGCGGCAAGACGUCCUUGGUGGCAGCCAUCUUGAACAACAUGCACAUGCCCAAAGGUCACUGCGUCGUCAGCGGGUCGAUUGCUUAUGCUGCUCAAGAGGCAUGGCUUUUCAACGCAACUUUGAAAGAGAACAUCUUAUUUGGGAUGCCGUUUGAUGAGGAUAAAUACGAUAACGUCAUCUGGGCUUGUAGUUUGAGAAUGGAUCUAGAAAUCUUGCCAAACGGAGAUCAGACCGAGAUUGGAGAACGAGGAUUGAAUAUGAGCGGUGGUCAGAAGCAACGGAUCAGUCUUGCCAGAGCCCUCUACGCUGACCGAGAUAUUUAUCUCUUAGACGACCCUCUUAGCGCUGUAGAUGCUCACGUUGGUAAACACAUCUUUGAAGAAUGCAUCAGCGGAGCUUUGAAAGGAAAGACUGUUUUGUUUGUCACUCACCAGCUUCAGUACUUGAAGGAUUGCGAUGUCGUUCUUACGAUGGAGAACGGUCGUAUCGCUGAGCGAGGUAGUCACGGGGAGCUGAUGGAGAAACAAGGACUCUACUCCAAUCUCAUCGAGACGUUUCACUCCAAGCAGGAGGAUGAUGAUGAUGAAGAGGAAAUGAUGGACGAGGGGUCGGACGUAAGACUCCAGAGGGCGCUAAGCACGAUGAGUACACGCUCUCGUGCCGAGAGUGUUCUUGGCCAGGUGGAAAUGGAGGCUGCACCAACUGAUGACGGUACAUUGAUCUUAGCGGAGGACGUUGGUGAAGGUAAAGUCAAGUCCGAGACGUACAUUGGAUACAUCAAAGCCAUGGGUGGUCCCCUGAUAGUUGGUGUGCCAUUGUGUCUCUUCACCGUCAUGUUGGGUUUACUGACGUUCAACAACUACUGGUUAUCAUUGUGGUUUAACGACUUUCUGAACGGCACAAUGACUGAGGAGGAGCUUGGUAGGCCGCCGCUGAUUGGAGAUAAUAAAUACAUUUCUAUCUACAUGAUGGUAUAUGGUCUCUCAUUGGUUGGUGUCUUCGUUCUAGCGGCAUUCAAGAGUGUUCUAUACAUGAAGGCCGCUCUGAACGCUGCGUCUAACAUGCAUGACACCGUCUUCCUGAAAGUAUUCCGCAGCCCAAUGAGUUUCUUCGACACCACUCCGACCGGCAGAAUCCUCAAUCGAUUCUCCAAGGAUUUAGAUGAAAUUGACACGCUUUUGCCGACUAAUGUAGAGUCUUUUAUGGCCCAGCUCUUCAACUUCGUUUUUGCUCUCGUCAUGUUGUUGAUCGUCUUCUGGCAGCUGAUCAUGCUCAUUAUUCCCAUCACCUGCAUCUUCUACCUCAUCCUCACCUUAUAUCGCAACACGAUCCGCAACCUCAAGAGGAUUGAGAACGUGACUCGUUCUCCAUGGUUCUCCCACAUCAGUGCGACAUCCCAGGGGCUUGCUACGGUGCAUGCUUACAACAAGACCAAAGAGUUUAUCGUCAGGUUUCGGAAUCUUCUGGACAACAACUCCUCGCCACUACUAGUGUUCAGACUUUGCAGUCGAUGGGCCGGGGUUCGACUCGACUUCUUGGUAGUGACUCUCUUAGCAUUGGUUAGCACGGCCGUUGUCCUCAUGCCGUCCUUCUUCCCAGCUGCCACUGCUGGUCUGGCCAUUACUUACACACUAAGGUUGACAGGUUGCAUGCAGAUGUUGAUUCUAAUGGCAUCAGAGACAGAAGCUCGCUUCACAUCGGUGGAGAGGAUCCUGUCUUAUAUGAAGGACCUGAAAAUGGAAGCUGCGUUGACGAUCAAAGAUAAGAAGCCGCCUAAAAGUUGGCCCUCAAAGGGAGACAUCCGCUUCAAGAGAUAUCAGAUGAGGUACAGAGAAGGUUUGCCUCUCGUUAUCCGAGGGAUCUCACUUCAUAUUAGGCCGAUGGAAAAAGUUGGCAUCGUUGGACGAACCGGAUCUGGUAAAUCCUCUCUUGCCAUCGCACUGUUCCGUCUAGUCGAGGCAUCAGCUGGAGACAUCUUUAUCGAUGAUGUGAAUAUUAGCGAGAUCGGACUUCAUGAUCUACGUCAGAAGAUCUCAAUCAUUCCUCAGGAUCCUGUCUUAUUUAUCGGAACGGUUCGAUACAACCUUGAUCCGUUUGAGCAACAAUCUGAGAAGGAUAUUUGGCAGGCUCUUGAUCGCUCUUACAUGGCUGAUAAGAUUCGGUCACUAGAGGGCGGGCUUGAUGCACCUGUUGUAGAGGGUGGUGAUAACUUCUCUGUUGGUGAACGACAACUCCUGUGUAUGGCAAGAGCUCUUUUGAGGAACAGUAGGAUCCUGAUGUUAGAUGAAGCCACAGCUGCUAUUGAUACAGAGACGGACUCUCUGAUCCAGAAGACAAUCCGUGAGGCUUUCAGUGACUGUACUAUGCUGACCAUUGCUCAUAGACUCAACACUAUCAUGGACUCGGACAGGAUUCUGGUCAUGGACGAUGGAAGGGUUGCAGAGUUUGACAAACCGUCCGUGUUGCUGGCCAAACCAGACUCACAUUUCAGCCGAAUGGUCGCCGCCACUGAAGCACAACAAGAGGAUUAAUUAAUAUUCAUCAUAUGCAAACUUGAAAUAUGCAAAUUGAAUUCAUAUACAUAUUCAUUAAGUAGUGGUUUGAAGGCUUAGAAUUGUUAGAAUGCAACUAUAAAACAUGGUAAUUUUUUAAAUGUUAGUGUGAUAUAUU